AUGAGCGAACAAAAGCUGAAGGCGCUGCGCGAGCUGUCGACCCUCCUGAAGGAGAAGCGCGACGUGCCGCAGCCACUGUGGGAUCAGGCAGGGGUGAAGGUUGGCGCCCGCAUGAAGGAUGUCGAGCGGGAGAUUGUCGCCGUAAAGAAGGGCGUGUCGCGGGGUCUCAAAACGAAGUACGAGGAGGAGCAGCGAGCCGUGCUAGAAGAAGAGGCAAAGAAGCAGGGUAUCACUGUUGAGGAGCUGCUUGGUAAGCAAAACGAUGACCGGGAGUUUAACAUGCAGCUCAAGGCAGCACGUGAGCGUGCCCGCGGUGAGGAGCGCGUCAAGAAGGAGGUGCAGCGGCAGACAGACUUGGGGGAGCACGACUUGGCCGUCGACUACGUGUAG